UCCAGGUCGAAGGCAGCUGAUUGGCUGGAGUAUCUGUCAAUCAUCAUUGGUCGGAUGGGUUUCUCCGGCUUCAGCCGAAAGCACGUUAGUCCUGAAUGAGCCUCAGUGUUUGGCAUGGUUUGACAAGUUUCCCCCCCGGACGAUUGUUAUGGGGGUAGGAGCGAGCAGUUAGCGGACGCAUUAGUGAAAAAGUUGCGGCUCUUUAUUGCGUGUGUUUCCAGCAGACCUCGGGAUCUCUGUCCAAUGUAGGAACUUUCCAAUUUUCCACCCCUCCAUCUGAGCGAUCCGUCAGCCAGUUAAGUCUACAAGGGAAAACCAGAUACGGGAGUAAACAUGAACAGCCUGUCUUUUGACGAUCCUUCGUUGGACAACUUGGAUCCAACGCUGUCGCUGAAUGACCCCAGCGAUAUUGACACGGCUCUUCUGAGCGACAUUGAUGACAUGCUGCAGCUCAUCAACAACCAGGACAUGGAGUUUGGAGGACUCUUUGAUCCCUCUCCGUACAGCGGGGCUCCUCCGACCCAAGAGAUUCCUGCUUUGACACAACCGGUCCCCCCGGCUGUCCCUCCCGCUCCCGCUCCCACUCCCACUCCCACCGCCGCGCCUUCGUCUUCCUCCCCCUCUUCCAUCCUAAGCAGCAGCCCCCACCUGGACGCACUCCUGGGCCCUCCCAUCACCCGCAGCUCCUCCACCCCGGACAAGGCCUUCCAGCCUCCCACCUUCCAGCAGUCUCCUCUGGCCAAGGUACCCGUUGCCACCCAGCGGCAGCAGCAGCAGCAGCCGACCUCCCCGCAGCAGGCUCAGACCCUCAGACAACCCCAGCUGGAGCAGCCCCCUCCCAUCCUCAGCCCGCCCGCCCCCGCCCUGGCCGCUUCACCUCACGGCUCACCGGGAGCGCCUAACCCGGUGUUCAGCUCCACGCCUCAGGCUCUUUUCGGCUCCCCCGCGCCCCAGACUCCACCUCACCCCCAGCAGCAGACGCAGCCUCAGGCCCGGACCGUCAGCGGCAGCCAGAGUAGCUACGCAGCCGGCCCCCCGAGCAGCGCGGCCUCACCUGUCGCCAGCCUGUCGUCCUCGCCUCCCUGCGUUCAGCCGGUGACGAUUCAGGCUCAGCUCCAGCAGCUGACCACCGCCUCCCCUCUCUUGGCCACGUCGACGAGCCCUCCCGUUCAAACCAUAGCGCCCCACGUCCAGCAAGUCCCCGUGCUGCUUCAGCCGCAGUUCAUCAAGGCCGAGUCUCUGCUGCUGACCACUCUCAAGCAUGACCCGUGCAUGGUCACCACCAUGUCCUCUCCCACAACUCUGGCCAGCACCAGCCCAGUACAGAGCACUUCACUGCAGGCCUUUAUGGGCGGGGGCACUAUCCUGACCACGGUGCCCGUCAUGGUGGACGCUGAAAAGCUGCCUAUCAACCGCAUCGCCAUCAGCGGUAAGCCGUCAGGCCAGCCGCACAAGGGCGAGAAGCGCACGGCCCACAACGCCAUCGAGAAGCGCUACCGCUCCUCCAUCAAUGAUAAGAUUGUGGAGCUCAAAGACCUGGUGGCUGGCACUGAUGCCAAGCUCAACAAGUCUGCAGUCCUGAAAAAAGCCAUCGAUUACAUCCGUUACCUGCAGCAGACCAACCAGAAGCUCAAGCAGGAGAACAUGGCUCUUAAAAUGGCAGCCCAGAAAAACAAGUCCCUCAAGGACCUGGUCGCCAUGGAGGUUGACGGGCAGGCGGACGUGAAGAACGAGCUGCCCACCCCGCCGGCGUCUGACGUGGGCUCCCCGACUUCUUUCUCGCACUGUAGCAGCGACUCGGAGCCGGACAGUCCAAUGAACGAGGACACCAAGCCGAACACGGGCGUGUUGGACCAGUCGGCAGCGGGCGGCUGCGCCGGCGGCAUGCUGGACCGUUCCCGCAUGGCGCUGUGCGCUUUCACCUUCCUCUUCCUCUCCCUCAACCCUUUGGCCGCUCUGCUCUGCUCAUCCGGCGGCAGCUCAGCCGAAGGCGCCGGAGACGUCGGCGCUCACCACGCGGGCCGAAGCAUGCUGGGCGUGGAUAUCGCAGCUGACUCUUGGGGCUGGAUGGAUUGGAUGCUUCCGACCAUUCUGGUGUGGCUGAUGAACGGUAUCCUGGUAUCGGGGGUUCUGAUCCGACUGCUGGUUUAUGGAGAACCUGUGACCAGACCUCACUCGGGAUCAUCCGUCUUGUUCUGGAGGCACCGCAAACAGGCUGAUCUGGACUUAGCUAGGGGAGAUUUUGCCCAGGCCAGUCACAACCUGUGGACCUGUCUGAAGGCUCUUGGUCGCCCCCUACCAACCUCCCAGCUGGACCUGGCCUGCGCUGCCCUCUGGUCCCUGUUAAGGUUCUGCCUCCAGCGCCUCUGGGUGGGCCGCUGGCUGGCCGCCAGGGCCGGGGGCCUGCGAUCCGAUCGCCCCCUGCAGGAGGACGCCUGCAAGAGCAGCCGAGACGCGGCCCUGGUUUACCACCGUCUGCACCAGCUGCACAUGACAGGGAAGCUGAACGGCAGCCACCUGUCGGCAGUGCACAUGGCCCUGAGCGCAGUGAACCUGGCAGAAUGCGCUGGCUCAUGUCUGCCUGUAGCCAGUCUGGCUGAGGUGUAUGUCUCCGCAGCUCUCCGAGUCAAAGCCAGCCUGCCGAGGAUCCUGCAUUUCACCUCUCGCGUGUUCCUGAGCAGUGCACGUCAGGCGUGCCUGUCGUCCAGCGGCAGCGUACCUCCAGCUAUGCAGUGGCUCUGUCAUCCACUGGGUCACCGCUUCUUCGUGGACGGGGAUUGGGCUAUUCGCAGCACCCCUAAAGAAAGCAUUUACAGUCAGGCCGGCAACACCGUGGAUCCUCUGGCCCAGGUGACUCAGGCAUUUAGAGAGCACCUCCUGGAGAAGGCUCUGUACUGUGUGGCCCAGCCUCACGGAGAGAAAAGUCCCAGCCAGGGCGAAGGGGAGUACGCCGAUGCCCUGGAGUACCUCCAGCUGUUGAUCAGUGCAUCCGAUGCAGCUGGUGCCACAUCCCAGUCCUUUGCUAUUGGCUCCAACAUGGCGACCGUGACUGGUUGUGACCCUCACUCCAAAUGGUGGUCCUCAGUUGCUGUAGUAAUCAUCAACUGGCUCCAGGGGGACGACGCUGCAGCGGAGAGAUUGUAUCCGACGGUUGAGCACCUGCCCCGAAGUCUGCAGAGCGCCGAGAGCCUUCUACCGAAAGCAUGCCUGAACACCUUCAGGGCAGUGCGGGCUCUGCUGUCCAAGCCGGAAAACUGCCAGCUGAGCCUGAGCUACAGUGACAAGGCCAGCGUCCUGCUCCGAGACAGCCUCAACCUAGGACCGCACUGCCACAGCUCCAGUUUAGACAAGGUCGUCCAGUUGCUGUUGUGCGACCUGCUGUUGGUCAUGAGGACCAACGUGUGGCGCCUGCAGCAGCAAGGGGCCACUCCCUCGGGGACGGGUUCGGCGGGCACCAGUGGCCCCGCCGGCGUCCACCAGGCCUCCCCCCCGGAGCUCCAGGGCUUUCAGCAAGACCUCAGCUCCCUGCGCAAGCUGGCGCACAGCUUCAGACCUGCGAUGAGAAGGUUGUUCCUUCACGAAGCCACAGCCAGGCUGAUGGCGGGGGCGAGUCCCACGCGCACACAUCAGCUUCUGGAUCGUUCCUUGCGGCGCAGAGCUACGCCCGGAGCCAAGACAGAGGAGUGUGAGACGAGGCCCGGCCAGCGGGAGCAGGCAGAAGCGGUGAUGCUGGCCUGCCGCUACCUUCCACCCUCCUUCCUGUCGGCUCCGGGCCAGAGGGUGGGCAUGCUGGCCGACGCGGCGCGCACCCUGGAGAAGCUGGGAGACAAGAGGACCCUCCACGACUGCCAGCAAAUGAUUAUAAAACUGGGCAGCGGCACCACCGUCACCAACAGCUAAAGUGAAGAGAGGGGGGUGAGCCCGAGAGAGAAGCACGGACACUGUACAUAGAAACAUGUCUCGCACACACAAAAAAACAAAAAAACACAGGCAGACCGAAAAGAAACACGCUUCCGUGAACGGGACUACACUGUCGAAUUUUUGGCGUGAAGCUCUUGAACAAAUUUAUUAAAACAGUACAGAUUCAUAUCAAACCGGGUUAUGUGAAUUGCUCGUCCCUCUCAACCCCCCCCCCAACCCCACAUCAGAAGGCACUUGUAGAGUUCACUCUCUAAUUAUCAGACCACGGGAAUCCUUUGUUUCUCUCGCCGAGCUGAAUCCCCUUAAAAAUGCGCUGCAGUGCCACAGUUUGACCACAGUGGGGAGCCAUCACGUUCUUAGGGUUCAACAGUUCAACUUGAGGUGCAUAUGUGAGAAGUAUGAACAAGCUCGGUGUAGCACCUGAAGCCCCCCCUCAGCCAGUCUUCUGCGAGCUCAGUGGUUUGCAGAGCGAGGUGUAUCUUUGGUCUUGGGGGGGGGGGGGGGGGGGGGGGGUUGGAUUGGUCUGACCGUGAGUUUAUAAAGUGGGAAGGCACUCCACUCCAGGUUGUUCAGAUUCAGUCCAAUAUUAUUUUAUUUGUGCUCCAACUUGCCCAAGCCCUUUGUCUCUAUGUGCACUAGGCCAGUGAGGCUGACUUCAGUGAAAUAAAUAAUAAUAAGGCUUUACGAGGUUAUUUUUUCCAGUCGAGAAAGGUUUAGGUUGCGUUGUUGUUUUUUGCCGUGUACAUAUUUUAAACUGUAUUUAUAAUCUGUAUGAAGCAGUAUUUUGCAUAAACAGAGUGAUAAAUGCUUAUUUUCUUCCCUUAAUCCUGUUUCGUUUGGUAGUUUUAGAACCAAAUAGCAUAGUCACCGCACUGUAUUGGCAAACGGGAGACCUUUGGUGUCGCGGUGACCUUUGCGUCGCAUCGGCUGAUUCCGUCAACCCUUUGCCCCGUUGCACACGUACGCAACUGCGAUAUCAAAAGUACCUGGCACCGCCUCAUUCUGUUAAACCGACAACUAUGACAUGGACCUUUGGCACUUCUGCCAAGUUGCGUAAAUCAUGCAGUCAAUUUCAGAAUAACUUUUUUCCAAAGAGGACCCGUAUUAAGUUCCGUGUUGGGAACUGAGUAUCAGUACCGGGUCAAACGUUAUGUCAUCUGAGCACCGUGGGGUUGAUUUUGGGCGUUUCUCAAUACCAAGUACCCAAACUUCGGAUUUUUCUUUCUUGGUAGUUCAGACUUGACAAGUUGGACGAUGAAUUGAGGACGGGAGGACACCGUAUGGUCAUUCUGUAACUGGAACAGCAGCGUACUGGAUGGUGCCCUCAAAACGCACCCUGGGAUACCUGGUUACUCCGAGAUGCAUCUUCGGUAAAACGAGUGAAGCAAGAACAUAUCUGGGCAUCUGGACUGUAUCCGGUCCAUUGCUUAAGCAGCUAUGACGUCCAAGUCCAAGCUGAGAAACGCCCUGAGUUUCCCAAACGUCACCAGAUCUGGUCACGUGGAGCUCGGCCUCUAUUGAAUCUCCUGAGGUUUUAUCAUAGCUCUAAACGUGAAGCCCAAUGUUUGUUCUUCCAGUCAUUUUUUUUAUGGUCCAACUCCCUCGAGAACCACCAGUUUAAUAGGCAUGUAAAAAGCAAAAAAAAACAAAACAACAACUUUGGCAUGUGUUUUUGUCCCCGGACCAUUUUGUUUUUUUAUAUUGUCACUAAUGUGAAAGACUGAAAGGACAUUGGAAUCGAGAUGACUGUGAUGCAACCAUGUCUACAUGUGUGGUUCGUUUUUUUUUUUCUUUUUCUUUUAACUUCCUUGUUCUUCAGGUUCAUCCUUUUAUCAUGUAAAUAUUAAAACAUUUUGUAAAGAA